AACUUCCUUCACCUUCACCAGUUCAUUACAGUGGGCUUGAAGGUAGCAAUGGUGUUUCAAGGACGUAAUCUCAUCUCCUCUGGGCAGCUAAGCAGCGGCAGCCUCCUUGCAUUUGUGUUUUACCAGAAGGACAUGGUGACCAACAUGAGGCAUCUUGUAUAUAUCUAUGGAGAUAUGCUGAACACUGUGGGCUCAGCAGUGAAGGUGUUCCAGCUGCUUGACAGGAAGCCACAGAUGAGAGAACCAGGGGAUCUGGCCCCAGAGAAGCUCAAGGGAAGACUGACAUUUGAGAAGGUCACCUUUUCGUACCACUCCCGCCCUGAUGAAAAAGCACUUAAGUCUGUGACUUUGGAAUUGAGUCCAGGGAAGGUGACAGCAUUGAUAGGACCAUCUGGUGGUGGGAAGAGUUCUUGCGUCUGCUUGCUACAGAGGUUCUAUGAUCCACAGGAAGGUGAGGUGUUCCUGGAUGGAGAACCACUGUACCAAUACCAACAUCAAUACUUGCACCAAAAGGUGGCGAUGGUAGCUCAGAAACCGGUGCUUUUUUCUGGCUCUGUCAGACAUAAUAUUGAGUAUGGUUUGCAAGACUGCACUAUCGAAAGAGUUAAACAGGCUGCUCAGAAAGCCAAUGCACAUGACUUCAUAUGCAAUUUGGAACAGGGAUAUGACACAGACGUUGGUGAAUGUGGUGACCAGCUGUCUGCUGGGCAGAGGCAGUGUAUUGCUAUAGCCAGAGCUCUGAUAAGAAACCCCCAGAUCCUCAUUUUAGAUGAGGCCACCAGUGAUGCUGACUACAGCACACAAAAAGCAGUACAAGAUCUGCUCAACAGAACAGAUCAGACAGUGCUGGUUAUAGCUCAUCGUUUGGAGACGGUAGAGAAAGCAGAUCACAUUAUCUUCAUGGAGGGAGGGGAGGUUGUGGAGCAAGGAACUCACCAGCAGCUCAUGGCAAAAGAGGGAAGAUACUAUCGACUAAAGGAAAAACAUUUCACAGGACCUACAAACUAAUGAAAUAUUGGAUCUCCAACAUAUAGAUGUUUAUAUUGAUAUAUGAAUAUUUCAUAUUUCAAGUACCAUAUACUUUAUACAUAAAUGUAACUAAAACUGUCAACAGAUUUAAAGGGGUCAUGACAUGAGUAAUCAAAUUUUCCUUGAUAUUUUAGAAUAUCAGAAUUCACUGUACUAUAAAAAGAGCAGAGUCAAUCAUAUCAGUUAGCGUUUACUGUCAAGUCUUAAAGGAUAAGCAGCACCAAAACCAUGCAUUUCUGACAGAGGGUAAGUAUGCGGGUGGAAAUGUAUUAUGCUUUACAAAGCUUUGUGCAAAAACUUUACUAAUAUUAUGAGUGAACUUGAAGAAACAUAUUCAAAUAAUUAAAAAAGGGCUGCCAUGACCCCUUUAAAUCCAUAUAGAUUUAACUAUUACUACAAAUACAUUGUGAAUAAACAUUUGGAAUUAAAGGAAUAGUUCACCCAAAGAAUUUAUAUUCUUUGAUCAUUUACUCUCCCUUAUGCCAUACCAGAUGUGUGAGACUUUCAACUGCUGAACUCCAAUGAAACUUUUUAGAAUAUUGCUGCUCUUCUGGUCCAUACAAUGAAAGUGAAUGCAAAAUUUUGACUUUUAUUAGGGGUGGCUGUGGCUCAGGUGGUAGAACGGGUUGGCCGCAGGGUUGGUGGUUCGAAUCCUGGCCCACAUGAGUCCACAUGCCAAAGUGUCCUUCGACAAGACACUGAACCCCAAGUUGCUCCCAAUGGCAGGCUAGCACCCUGCAUGGCAGCUCUGCCAUCAAUGGUGUGUGAAUGAGACGCAGUGUAAAGCACUUUGAAUACCGGCUAAGGUUAAAAAGGUGCUAUAUAAGUGCAGACCAUUUAGCAUUAAAAUAACUUGAGUGGUUAAAACAAUGUUAUUAGAGGUGAUAUGAUAGGUUUGAGUGAGAAACAGAUCAAUAUUUAAGACCUUUUUUUUUUUUUUUUACUAUAAAGUCUCCUCCCUGCUAAGUCAAUCUCUACUUUUAUAUUCUUCUUGUGUUUUUGGUGAUUUGCAUUCUUCAUACAUAUCACCCCCUACUGGGCAGGCCAGAGAAAAUUUCUAGCAAAAAAGGACUUUAAUAUUGAUCGGUUUCUCACACAAACAUAUCAUAUCACUUCUGAAGUUAUGGAUUAAAACACUGGAGUCGUAUGGGUUACUAUUGUGAUGCCUCUGUGUUUUUUGGAGCAUCAAACUUUUGGCACCCAUUCACUUGUAUUGUGUGGACCUACAGAGCUGAGAUUUUCUUCUAAAAAUCAUUGUUUGUGUUCAGCAAAAGAAAGUCUACAGAUCUGAGAUGGCAUGAGGGUGAUGAGAGAAGAUUCAUUUUUGGGUGAACUAGCCCUUUAAUAUACUGUAGUAUGAGUUUCCUGAAGAGAAUGGGCUUGUGAAUCGUAUUUUUUUUUUCUUUACUUUUUUUAUCUGUUCAUAUAGACAGUAUUUUAUUGAUAAUGGAAAAGAUAAUGAAUGGGACACUUAAAGGAAAGCAUUAGCAGUACAUACUAAAAGUAAAACAGUAUCAAAACAACAAUUACAGUAUAUAAAAAUGUAUAAAAUACAUAAAUUGUAUGUGGAGUGUAACUCAAUCAGAGAAUGACCAGUGGGUUUGCCCUCAACUGCAGAAAGAUGCGAAACAGAAUCUUAUUCGUCUUCAUUGUGCCACCAAGAGCUCCUUGAUUUUUAGCAUCCUGAAGAUCUUUAUAAAGAGACUGAUAAAAUAAUAAUAAUAAAAAAUAAAUAUGUUAGACACUUAAUGUUGUACAUAUUUGGUUUAUGUAAAUGUAUCUGAUUCCUGACCUGUCAACGAAUAUUAAUUACAGACUAAGACUUUUCUGCCAAUGAUGAGAGGAACAAGCAA